AAACAUUUUCAUUUUUUUUCAUUUGUCAAGCAAACUUUUACUGUGAUCGAGCCCAAGAAAGAUUAUAGGUGUUCUUGCUGAUGUCCUGUUCCUCGACUGACGCUGUGUUCUCCUGCAGAUUCUGAUUGAAAAUGGCUCAACCGGUGAAUGCUGCUGCGCCAUCCACCGAUGCUCCAGCAGACGAAGGCACAAUGACUGAUGACCAGCGCUUCCUCUUGACCAUCAUUUUUGGAAUAUACUUCGGGCCUCAUCUUAAAGGGGAAAUGCCGCCCCACAAGUCGGCAAUGCAGAGAGUAACCAAUAGAUUGCCACAGUACACUCCCGAUCAGCUGGCUGGGUCCAAGAUGACAGUGGCCCAAAUGAUGCACGUGUAUUAUUACAUUCUCAGAAAGGCCAGUCAAUCAGUUGUAGUGUCCCCAACUUUGUUGCUUAAGUUUUUUUGCAACACCGUUCUGGCCAAAGUCCUUGGUCCUAGUAGCAAAUACCCUCGCUUCAUCGAACUCUUUCCGAAUGACCUACACCCUUGCUCGUUUGUCGAGGAGCAUAUGGUGAUAGACAAUGUCGUGUUCAUUGAUAACCCGAGCACCUCUUACCUCAGAGAAGAGGUUGUUGCAAGGUUUAAGAGUUUGACUGGGCUGCAGGAGUUCCUUCUGGAGAAGGAUGCUGCCAAGCUACCCAUUUAUGUCACCGACAAGGCGUUCUAUGAAGUGGUAGCACGAGAGGAACGUUCAGACGGACAAUCGAGUUGUUUCGUUCCUCCUCAUGGUUCUCACGGAAGAAAACGCAUGAGUAACGUGGCUCUCAAUGUGAUACCUCUUCGAAUGAUUCCAAAUGAAGGCUCAUCCUCCUCGAAGUCAUCAGGGUUCUCCGGAGAAUGCAACACCAACUUCAAGGCUCAACUUGAUGCUAAGUUGGUAUUUUCUCCGCUCAGUGGUGGUGCUGCCACUGCCAGCAGUGCUGGAGUCGGAGUGGUUGGGAAUGCGGACAUGGGGCUUACAGGAUCCACCACCUGGCGUGUGAACCUUGUGGAUUCCAAAGACUGUUACCUGUUCCAGGUGUCACUUGCAGGGGUCAGAAGAGAUCAAACAUUUAGUUGUGAAUAUGAUACGGAUGGUGAGGUCUUGGUUGAAGGGGAGAUAGGUGGGAAUGUGGCUGAGAGCAGAACAGGAGACCUUCAUCCACCUGGACACUUCUCUCUCUCUUUUCAGCUUCCUGGUCACGUCGAUCCCAUGCGGUCCAACUGCUACUUUGGCUCAGAUGGGAUCUUCGAAGGAGUUGUAAAGAAGCUGAUUGACAACCAAUGA